AUGGAUCCUCUGGACCUUAUGGACCCUUACAGCGAGCAGCAGGUCCGCCUGCUUUCCGGCUCCUUCACCGGCCUGCGCCCGCUGCAGCGCCUCGGCGGUAAUUACUUUUCCGUCUCGGCCUUCCAGCAACCGCUCUGCGGCAACGAAGAGGGCUGGGGCCCAAUUAGCAAGUACAGAUACGACUUUACGCCGUGCUUCAUCGAUGUCUGGUUGGCAACCGUGUCCGUAUAUGCCCUCGUCUUGGGACCAGUGGCCCUGUGGUGGCUGCUGACGAAAAAAAAGCCCAUGGAAGAGGGCUCCUCCAAGAAUGCUCACUUUUACAUCAAACAGUCUCUUCUCGUCUUUCUCAUCGCCGACGUCGUCGUUCAACUCGUCAUUCAAAUCCUUGGCAUGCCCGGCAUUUGGUAUGGGGACUUUCGCGUGCUGACAACUCUUCUUACCAUUCUUUCCUUGUUUGUCAUCUUUUCGAUUCAAUGGAUUGAGCACUCCCGCCUGCGGCACGCCAAUGGAGUCGUCCUCUUCUACUGGCUCCUCCUCCUCAUCUCGCUCACCGUCAAGCUUCGAUCUUUGAUUUCACAACAAGUAUAUGAAGCGAACCUGCCUUACUUUAUUGCAUACUGCAUUGGAUUCGGAUUUGCGGUUGUUGAAUUCCUGGUCGAGUGGCUCUGGCCUCGUCAGCAUGUUCCAAGUGGCUACGAAGCCAUCUUCGAGGAUGAGGAAUGCCCCGUGGAAUACGCCACUGUCUUUUCUCGUCUAACUUUCUCCUGGAUGACGCCCAUGAUGCAAUAUGGCUACAAGGUCUUUUUGACUGAAAAUGAUCUGUGGGGCCUGGCCAAACCAGACCAGACCAAGACCACUGGUGCAGCCUUCGAGAAGGCCUGGGCUCAUGAGUUGAACCACCGUCCCAAGUCUCCGUCACUUUGGUUGGCCAUGUUUCGUGCCUACGGUGGCCCCUAUGCAGUUGCUGCGUUAUUCAAGAUCGGUAACGACAUCGCGCAGUAUAUCCAGCCGCAGCUACUUCGUCUGUUGCUUACCUGGGUCAAAUCAUACAACCCUGAGUACGGUGUGAUUGCCGAACCGGUUAUCAAGGGAGCGGCGAUUGCAUUGGCGAUGUUUUCUUGUGCUGUAUUCCAAACUACGAUGGUGCAUCAAUAUUUCCAAUUGUCCUUCGUAACUGGUAUGCGGAUAAAGGGUGGCCUCGCCUCCACCAUCUACCGAAAGUCUUUGAGGUUGUCCAACGAGGGGAGAUCAACAAAAACCACGGGAGACAUUGUGAAUUACAUGGCUGUCGAUGCCCAGCGUCUUCAGGACUUGACUCAGUUUUUGCAGCAAGCCUGGUCGGCUCCCUUCCAAAUUAUCAUCUGCAUGAUUUCGCUCUAUAACCUUGUUGGGUGGUCGAUGAUGGCCGGUAUUGUCGUAAUGAUUAUUAUGAUGCCAGCUCAGGGAUGGGUCGCCAGAAUCAUGAAGAACUUGCAAAAAGACCAGAUGAAGAACAAGGAUGCCAGGAGCAGACUCAUCAAUGAAAUUAUUACUAACAUGAAGAGCAUCAAGCUUUAUGCGUGGGGUGCUGCUUUCAUGAACAAGCUCAACUACGUCCGAAAUGAGCAAGAGCUCAAGAAUCUGCGACGAAUUGGUGCCACCCAAGCAUUUGCCAACUUCACUUGGAACACAGCGCCGUUUUUCGUGUCAUGUUCGACUUUUACCGUCUUUGUUCUCACACAAGAUAGACCGCUUACAACGGACAUUAUCUUCCCUGCUCUGGCCCUUUUCAACCUGUUGACCUUCCCAUUGGCUGUUUUGCCCAUGGUCAUUACGUCCAUCGUUGAAGCGUCAGUUGCUAUCGGCCGUUUGACCGAUUUCCUAACCGCCGAAGAACUUCAGUCUGACUCUGUCACUGUAAAGCCUGCUCCCAAAGAGAUGGGUGAAGAAACAGUGCUCAUUCGCGACGGCACCUUCUCCUGGAACCGUCAUGAGCCUAAGGAGGUCCUCAAAGACAUCGAUUUUACCGCCUAUAAGGGUGAACUAACGUGUGUCGUUGGCCGCGUGGGCGCCGGCAAAUCUUCCUUCUUGCAGAGUAUUCUUGGUGAUCUUUGGAAAGUUAAGGGUUCUGCUGAGGUUAGAGGCACAGUGGCCUAUGCAUCUCAACAGACCUGGAUUUUGAACGCAACCGUCAAAGAAAAUAUCGUCUUUGGAUACAAAUACGACUCUGAAUUUUACGAGAAAACGAUUAAAGCUUGCGCCCUACUGGAUGACUUUGCUCAGCUGCCUGAUGGCGACGAGACCGUUGUCGGCGAGAGAGGCAUCUCUCUCAGUGGUGGACAGAAGGCCCGAGUGUCUCUUGCGCGCUCUGUUUACGCUAGAGCCGAUAUUUACCUUUUGGACGAUGUUUUGUCUGCCGUGGACUCACAUGUUGGUCGUCACAUCAUCGACAGUGUCCUUGGCCCUCGCGGUUUGCUUUCGACAAAGACUAGAAUCCUCGCAACCAACUCUAUCCCCGUUCUCAAGCAAGCCAGCUUUAUUACUAUGCUGAAGGAUGGUGAAGUUGCUGAGAAGGGAACUUACUCGCAGCUGAUUGCCAAGAAAGGACUGGUUGCCGAUCUGCUGAGGACUGCCGGUCACGACUCGAAUAACGGCUCAGGUAGCUCCAGCCCUCCUUCUAGCGAGACCUCAACUAUUAUUGAGGGUGAACCUAGCUUUACCCAGAACAAGGAAGAAGUUGAAGAGGCUCUAGAAGACGUUCCAGAGAUGGAACCAAUCAAGGGUGCUACACCUAUGGGUAAGAAAACCCGAUCAAGCAGCAUGGCCACUCUACGCCGUGCUAGUACGGCGAGUUUCAGGGGCCCUCGGGGCAAGCUUACCGACGAAGAGCUUGCCAGCGCCUCGCGGACCAAGCAAACGAAGGAAUUCGUUGAACAAGGCAAAGUCAAGUGGUCUGUGUACGGUGAAUAUGCAAAGGAAAACAAUCUAGUCGCUGUUGGAAUCUACAUUUUUGCCCUCUUGGCUUCCCAAUCUGCCAGCAUUGGCGGCUCUGUCUGGCUAAAAGAAUGGUCCGAACACAACGAAAAGACGGGUUCCAACGAUAGCAUCGGCAAGUACAUCGGCAUCUACUUUGCCUUCGGUAUCGGCUCAUCUUUACUCACGGUCGGCCAAACUCUGAUUCUGUGGAUCUUCUGUUCUAUCGAGGCCUCUCGUAAGCUCCAUGAGCGCAUGGCCAAUGCGAUUUUCAGGUCUCCAAUGUCCUUCUUUGACACUACGCCUGCCGGGCGCAUUCUGAACCGAUUCUCCAGCGAUAUUUACCGAGUUGACGAAGUUCUGGCGCGUGUGUUCAACAUGUUGUUUGUCAACGUUGCAAGAUCUUGCUUUACUCUGGGUGUCAUAUCUUUCUCCACGCCCGCUUUCAUUGCUUUGAUUGUCCCCUUGGCGCUUACUUACUACUGGAUUCAGCGAUACUAUCUCCGCACAUCUCGAGAACUCAAGAGACUUGAUAGUGUCACCCGCAGUCCUGUGUACGCCCACUUCCAGGAGUCCUUGGGUGGCAUUACCACCAUUCGUGCUUUCCGUCAACAACAGCGAUUUGAACUCGAGAAUGAAUGGCGUGUGGAUGCUAAUUUGCGCGCCUACUUCCCAUCAAUCAGUGCCAAUCGUUGGUUAGCUGUCCGUCUUGAGUUUAUCGGUGCCGUGGUGAUUUUGGCUGCCGCUGGCCUUGCCAUCAUCUCUGUCUCGAAUCACAGUGGCUUGACUGAAGGCACUGUUGGUCUAGCAAUGUCGUAUGCCCUUCAAAUUACGACAUCGCUCAACUGGAUCGUUCGUCAAACUGUCGAGGUCGAGACCAAUAUUGUCUCUGUUGAGCGUGUUCUGGAAUAUGCCAGGCUGCCCAGCGAAGCGCCCGAGAUUAUUCCUGAGAACCGACCUCCGAUUGCUUGGCCAGCAAAGGGCGAGGUAGACUUUAAGAAUUACAGCACUAGAUACCGUGAGGGUCUGGACUUGGUUCUUAAGAAUGUCAACCUAGACAUUAAAUCCCACGAGAAGAUUGGCGUUGUCGGUCGAACAGGAGCCGGCAAAUCCUCCUUAACACUUGCACUCUUCCGUUUGAUUGAGCCAGCUACUGGUCACAUUGGCAUAGAUAAUCUCAACACGUCGACGAUUGGCUUGCUAGAUCUUCGACGCAGACUUGCCAUUAUUCCUCAGGAUGCCGCGCUUUUCGAGGGUACAGUUCGUGACAACCUUGACCCUGGCCACGUUCACGACGACACUGAGCUCUGGAGUGUUCUUGACCAUGCCCGCCUCAAGGAACAAGUAGCAAACAUGGAUGGCGGUCUCGAAGCCAAAAUUAACGAAGGGGGCUCGAAUCUGUCUCAAGGCCAGCGUCAACUCGUCUCCCUCGCCCGCGCCAUGCUUACGCCCUCCAAUAUCCUCGUGCUCGACGAAGCCACCGCUGCCGUAGAUGUGGAAACUGACGCCAUGCUCCAAGCUACCCUGCGCUCACCCCUGUUCUCCAACCGCACCAUUAUCACGGUUGCACACCGUCUCAACACUAUCCUUGACAGCGAUCGCGUCGUCGUCCUGGAUAAGGGUGAGGUGGUGGAGUUUGAUACGCCGGGUGAGCUAUUCAAGAAGCAGGGUGUAUUUUAUGGCUUGAUGAAGCAGGCUGGCUUGGAAAUUGAAUGA